AUGUGAGAUGAAGUUAUACUGUAUGUGAAGAGUGCAGUCCAGGUUGCUGGGUGGUUGGUAAAGAGACCAGGCUGCAUGUUUCUGAAAGCAGAUUAAAGAUCAGGACAGGAAGGGCCAGGUUUAGGCAAACAGGAAAACUCAUGCCAGGAAGUGGACUACGUCACCAGCCAACCCACUGCAGUCUGCGCCGAAAGUAUAAUCCAGACCCAGAGAAAGUAUGGAGUCUUUGUUUAAGUCACAGAUGAAACUCGUGCUUUUCACAGCAUGGCUCUCAAGUUUGAUGGACACAUCCACCCUCUCUGACAUUUGUGAAACUUGUCACAGCAAUGCAACAUGUAAAGUUAUGGAAGGAUCAAACCUCGGCUGCUACUGUAAUCAGGGAUUUACAGGAGAUGGAAUAACUUUUUGCAAAGAUGACAACGAGUGCCAGAAUGGGACUAUUUGUGGAGAAAGGGGCAAUUGUACAAACACAAAGGGCAGCUACUACUGUACGUGCAUCUCUGGAUACAAAUCGACAGGAGAGUUUAAGUUCCUGCCCAAUGACGGCACUGAAUGUGCAGAUAUUGACGAAUGCCAGUCAGGAGAGCUCUGUGGACCAAACUCACGCUGCCACAAUACCAACGGGUCUUUCUAUUGCAGCUGUCAGCGCGACUACGUUCCAACUUCAGGCACCAAGGAAUUUUAUCCAGAGAAAGAUGUAAGAUGUAAAGAAAAUCCCCAAAAAUACUGCCAUGACAACUUCAGAUGCAUGAAGCAGGCUGUCAACAGAACACUUGAAUAUAUGAGGAACCUCACGGAGCCUCAAAGUCUGCUGAGAGAAAUAGCCAAGCAGACGUCUGGUGAACUUACAUCAGUGGAAGUGAUUGCAUAUGUUGAGGCCUUGAGUAUAUCAGUGUCAGCGCUGGCUGGCGGAGAGAAGGAUUACGCUGUCAGACCAUCUGCCAUCAACUCAACUCUUUCGAAAUUAGUGAAUGCGGUAAACAACCUUGUGGAGAAGAAUGAACUGGUGGCUUGGAGCAGAAUUAAAGAAGAGCGCCGUGACCAUACCAUCACCAAGCUGCUACAUGUUGUUGAAGAAAGCGCUUUGUCCUUGGGCAGCAACUACCAAACCCCAACUGAGCUCGGAAUCAAAGCAAGUGACAUGGAAUUGAAGCUCUUCACCUUUGAUGCUCAUCGCACAAAAACUAAACUGUCUGUUUCCAUGGGAGGAGAUCAUAUCAGUCUGACACCAAAACUGAGACCAGACAUGGAUAGAAAUGGAAGCGUGUCAGUGGUGUUUGUGCGGUAUGACAGCAUCAGUGACAUCCUGAAGCCGAGCAGCGACCCAGGUGUCACCGACUACUCGCGCUUCGCAGGAACAGGGGAAAUCAAUGUCAACUCCCAAGUCAUAGCAGCAGCCGUCAAACCUGCUGACGUUUACCAACUUGACCAUGUCACCUUCACUCUGACACACAAUGAGCCCAUCGACACUAAAGCUGAUGUGACGAAGUGUGCCUUCUGGGAGUACGAGGCGGACAGCCUGCAGGGCCGCUGGGCCAUUCACGGCUGCAAGACAGUGCACGUCAACAGCAACGCAACCACCUGCUCCUGCAAUCACCUCACACACUUUGCCAUCCUCAUGUCAUCUGGACGAGCCAACCUGGUGGCCCACCAAACCAUCCUGACCCGGAUCACCCAGCUGGGCAUGAUCAUCUCCCUCAUCUGUUUGUCCAUGUGCAUCUUCACCUUCUGGUUCUUCAGUGAGAUCCAGAGCACCAGGACCACCAUCCACAAGAACCUGUGCUGCAGCCUGUUUAUGGCUGAGUUCAUCUUCCUCGUGGGGAUCAACAUGUACAUGCAUAAGCUGUUCUGCUCCGUGAUCGCAGGGCUGCUGCAUUACUUCUUCCUCGCAGCUUUUGCCUGGAUGUGCAUCGAGGGCAUCCAUCUGUACUUAAUAGUGGUUGGCGUCAUCUACAACAAAGGCUUUCUGCAUCGAAACUUUUACGUCUUUGGCUACGGCAGUCCGGCGGUGGUGGUGGCCAUCUCAGCAACGCUGGGCUCAAAGUAUUACGGCACAGAGAAAAUGUGUUGGCUGAGCACAGAAAAUCACUUCAUCUGGAGCUUCAUUGGACCGGCAUGUUUGAUCAUCCUGGUUAAUCUCCUGGCCUUUGGAGUGAUCCUCUACAAGGUGUACCGGCAUUCUGUGGUGAAAAAGCCUGAACUCAGCCACUACGAGAACAUCAGGUCCUGCGCCCGCGGGGCCAUAGCACUUCUGUUUGUGCUCGGCGCCACGUGGACUUUCGGAGUGCUGCACAUUCUGCAUGAGACGACCCUCACGGCCUAUCUGUUCACCUUCUCAAACGCCUUCCAGGGAAUGUUCAUCUUCAUCUUCCUCUGUGUGCUGUCCAGAAAGAUCCAGGAGGAAUACUACAGGCUUUUCAAAAAUGUGCCAUGUUGUUUUGAAUGUCUAAGAUGAAUUGAUUCAGCCAAAGCUUGACCAUCUGCAUUUGGACAAUAAUAGACAGCUUUGCAGUAUCCUGUGACUCAUACAGUACUUUCAUUUUUUGAGAAGUUCUGUGGGAGGAAUUGUUUAGCACGGAUGUCUGAUGGAUGUAGCAUUUGUAGCUUCUAAAAGUCUUGUUUUCAUUCAAAUGACUGGGGAUAAUAUAUUCAUCGUUUUCGUUCCAUUUAUAUCUGCUGAAUGUUUUUACAAAAAAGAAAAAAAAAACAUAAAAAAGUACUGACUUCUUUACAACAAAACUGUAACAGAAUAAUUCUGUUCUUUAUUUUUUCAGUUUAAAAAACAUUUUCAGUUAUCAAGAGUUCUUUUGAAACAAGCUACACAGUCUCAGUCGCUGUUGCUUAAUUUUGUUUGAAAUUGAUUUGUAAAUUAUUAAAAUGAAUAUGGCAAACCUAUA